AAAAACGUUUAGUUCCAAGCCAAUAAACAUGUGGAAAUUCAGUGUUUUAUUAUUAUGCCUAAGUGGAUAUUGUAUGGCAGGUCCAGUGGGUUUAAAGAAGAACAUACCCAUUGGCCUACAACAAAGGGCCAAUGAUGCUGAGGCGGAUAGCACCGUCAUGGCGGAAGCCGAAACUACAGUCGAUGCCAGUCCAGCUGAUCUGUCACUUUUGUCUACCUUGACAUUGCCCAGCAAUGCCACCUCCAUUAGGGCCGACAUUACCGACAACUUCUCGUGUGAGAACAAGCCUUAUGGUUAUUAUGCCGACGUUGAGAACGAUUGCCAAAUCUUCCACGUAUGCUUGCCCGUCACCUAUGCCGAUGGUAAGGAGAAUACAUUCCGUUGGAGCUUCAUUUGUCCCGAAGAAACCGUGUUCAGUCAGGACUCAUUCACUUGUAUGCGUCCCGAAGAUAUGGCCAUCUCUUGUGAGGAGUCUCAAAAUUUCUAUGAAUUGAAUCGUAAUUUUGGUAUGGUGGAACCUGAGGCUGAAAAGGAAACCAAUGAUGAGAUAGCUGAAGCUGAGGCCCAUCCCGAACCUGCUGUCCAGCCCGUUCUUAGCAUGCCUGAACCUGUGAAGCCAGUUGAACAACCCAUGAAAGUUAACCGCCGUAAACCUGGUCUUUCUUAUGCCGGUCAAAAGAAACCCAGCUAUCCUUUGCGCAAGGUGCCUCAAACUCAGCCCGAAAUGAAUACCAUUGCUGUCGAACAACAACCUUCCGAAAACACAGAAACCGCCCAGGAGGUUGAAGAAGAAGAAGAAACUAAACCAGUUGUUAAAAAGUUCCACAGACGCCCCGUCCCCGUAAUGCCAAACAGCUUUAAAGAUAAAAUUCAAAAUGCUGGCAAAACCGAAAACGUAAAUUCCCUACGUGCGGAUUUGUUUAAUCAGAAACGUAAACGCCCAACAAUGUUCAACAAAAAACCAUUGGAACAACCUGCCGAAGAAGCCACUCAAGUAGAGGAAAAAGUAUCCGAACAAAGUUUUUCCCCCGUGGAAUCUGAAAUGCCACUCGCCAAUACUGAAACUCAAGUGGCCGCCGAUUCGGAAAUUGAAGCCUCGCAAACCCAAGAAGUUUUUGUGAAACCUGAGGAAUCCCAUGUAGAGGCUGAGAAACCAGUCGAAGUUUUGGAAGCAUUUGAGGAAAUUCCAGCUGUAAUUGCUGAAGUUGAAGAACCUGCUCAACCCGAAGCCGAAGUCAGCCAGAAUGAGGAAGAAGUUGUUGCUCAAGUUCCAGUUGUUGAAGCCGAACAAGAAGAAGACGAAACCGACAAAAAUGAAGAAGACGUUGCUGCUCAAGUUCCAACUGUAGCUGAAGAAACACCUGUAGCUGAAGAAAUCCAAUCGAUACAAGAAGAAAAGACUGAAGAAGAGGAAACACCUGUUGCUGCUGAAGAUGAAGUUCAAACUGCCGAUGAAACUGUAAAUGUUGCUCAAACUGAAGAAAAUGAAGCUGUCCAAGAAAUUAUGGAAGAACCCGUUGCAAAUACCCAAGAUGAAGAACAAAAAACUGCUGAAGAACCACAAAUCGCCGAAGAUACCCACAGUGUUGAAGAAGUCCAUAAUUCUGUGGAAGUUAUACCCGCUGCUGAAGAAGAAUCCCAAACUGCCGAAGAAGUGAAAUCUACUCAAGAAAAUGUUAGUGCCGAAGAAGUACAAACUGCUGAUGAAGCUCAAUCUGCCGAAGUAGUUGUACCAGUAGCGGAUUCAAUUGAAACCAACGAUGAAGUAAAAUCUGUCGAAGUGGAAACAGAAUCUGCUGAAGAAACACAAUCUGCCGAAGAACCACAAUCUGCUGAAGAAACACAAACUGCUGAAGUAGCCCAAACAGCUGAUGAAGUUCAAGCUUCGGAAGAAGUCCAAACUGCUGAUGAAGUUACAGCUUCGGAAGAAGUCCAAACUGCUGAUGAAAUUCAAACUCCUAAUGUUCAAGCUUCUGAAGAGGUUCAAACUGCUGACGAAGUUCAAGCUUCUGAGGAAGUCCAGGCCGCUGAAGAAGUUCAAACCGCUGACGAAGUUCAAACCGCUGAAGUAGUACCAACUGCUGAUGAAGUUCCUACCGCUGAAGAAGUAGCAACUGCUGAUGAAGUUCCAGCUUCUGAGGAAGUCCAUACUGCCGAAGAAAUCCAACCUGCUGAAGAUGUUCAAGCUUCUGAAGAAGUUCAUACCGCUGAAGAAAUACCAACUGCCGAUGAAGUCCAAGCUGCUGAUGAAAUCCCAGCCGCUGAAAAUGUUGAACCCGCUGCCCAAGAUGUUCCUGCUGAUGAAGAAACUCAAUCUGCCGAAGAAGUUAAAUCUGCCCAAGAAAACUUCAAUGUUGAUGAAGUUCAAACAUCUGAUGAAACUCAAUCUGCCGAAGAAGUAGUUGCCGAGCCUGUUGCCGAAGAAAUCCAAGAAUCUCAACCAGCUGUUGUUGAAGGUGAAAAUAAUGAAGACCAAGUUGCCAGCGAAGAAACCAACCAAGUUGUCGAACAAUCUGAAGUAGUUUCAGAAAUGACCGGAGCUGAAGAAACUGAACCUGUGAUCGAAACUGAAACCCAAGAACAUCAAGCUGAAGCCGAAAAAGUCAAUCCAGUCCAUGAGGAUGAAAUUCAGGCCGUUGAAGAGAUGCACACACCCGAAGAACCUAUGGUUGCUGCUGAAGAAUCCGAAAAUGUAAAAUCAGAGGAAACUGAAUCAUCACCUUCAACUGAAAACGAAGAAGAAGUCAAGAGUACCUUAUCCAAACAAGAGAAACCCUCAGAACCUGCAAUUUUUGAAGAAAACUCAGAAGAGGUCGCCGCCGCCCCAGUAGCUGAGACAAUUGAGGAAAUGGAAGCUGAGAAACCAGUUGAAGCUCCAGAGUCUAUGCCCGCCACCCAGGAAAUGACAAUUCAAGAUCCCAUCGUCGAACAAAUGCUUGAGGAAUCCAGUGCAGAUGAAACUAAGAAACAAAGUCUCGGCGGAUUCAAGCCUGUGGACCCUGUGAUGGCUGCUGAAGCUGAGCAAUUGAUUGCUGAUUUUAUCAACACCUUGAGAAGAAAUGAUUUUACUAAUGAAAAACCUGGAAUGCCAAUGGGAAUGCCAAUCAACGACGCCGACUUUGCCCCUGAACCUGAACAGGUAUCCGAGGAAGAUAUGAACAAAGUACUAGCAGCCCAGGAAAUCCUUGAACAAGCUGACCAUGCUGCUGAAGAAAUGAAGAAUGAACAUCAACCACAAAUUAUUGAGGCCCACGAAGCUUCCGAUGAAGAUCAAACUGCGGAAAACGAAGAGGAAAUUAAGGCCUCCAACGAGGUUGAUGAAGGCAAAGUAGAGGAAGAGAAGGAGACCUCGUUUUUGAAAUCCACUGAGGCUCACGCUGAAGAUGAGAAGCCAGCUGUACUUACUGUUCCAGAAAUGAUUUUGUCACAUGUCCCUGAGCAGAUUCCUGUUGAAAUCGUUGCUGCUCCCACUGAAGUCGAACAACAGGCUGAAGAACAAAGCCAGAGUGAUAAUGUAGCCGCUGAAAUGCCAGCCAACAAUGAAGAAGAACAAACUGAAGUGGAGGAACCAGCUGUAUUCAUGGGAGGUUAUAAACCUUUGAGUAUUGAUGAUAUCGUUGAAUUGGUCAAGGAGCGUCUAGACCAAAAGCCCCAAGAAGCCAUGGAACAACCAAUGCAAUUGGAACAAGUUUUGGGCGAAGCCAAGCCAAAUGCUGAAGAGCAAGAAGAGACCGUUGCCACCGCUGAACAACAAGCCGAUGAAACUCAACAGCAGUCCGAAGAAGAGAUCGUCAUGCCCAUUUAUCAUAGGUCAACUGAACCCCUUAAAGUAGAUGCUGCUGUCCAAACCGAUAGCCAAGAAGAAUCGGCGGCUGCCGUUGAAGCUGUGGCAGCUCCAUCUACUCAAGAAAAAUCAAAUCGUUCCUUAAGAUCUCGCGCCAAAUUGGAUCCUCGCAAACGUCGUUUCCUCUUCAGGUCAGACGAAAGCUAAGUUAGAAUUCUCGCCCACCAGAAUAGCCUGCCCAAGACUGUUCACCUUUAAAAGCUGAGCCAUAAAUCCCGCCCAAAAUCUUAUUAUUUUAGAUUUUUUUUAAAUAUUCGCUUUUCAUUUGAUGUUGC